CUCAGGUGAUUUCGAGUGGCCGCUGACUUUCCAAUGCUCCGAGCACUGCGGAAGCUAGGUAGGUAGUAGUAGGUAGUAGCAACAGAGAUAAUACGGUACCUACGGUAGAUGACCUGCGCUGAGCUCCGAGAAAGCGAGGUCCAAUGAUGGGAGUAACAAUGUCAAAGGGCUGCUUGCAUGUGUCACUCGCCCAGUUGCAGGUGCGGUUCAGCGCCUGCGAAGGGCGUGGAAACCAUGCACAACCUCGGGAACGUGGAACGGCCUUUGCCUUUGGAGGAGUGCUGUCCCUGUUUCCAGGUCGCUUGACAUUGGAACUACUGACCUGUUUGGGUGUCGAUCCAUACCCGGAAUAAUUAUCUCCAGCUGCUGAUAUUAGUGAAGAAUGGACGGUUGUUUUGAAGGGCAAGCGGGCCAGGGCGGAUGCAUUGUAGCUCCCACGCUUGGCUUUGCCGCGCAUCGGGGAGGCAGCUUAGAGGCACUACAGGCGUCGGCCUCGCAUUCAGCUGUGCGGAGCUUUGCUCAACCAGCACAGACGUCGGCAGCGUGGACCAUGUUUCCAGCUCAGCAGCAAUACGAGCUGUCGUUGCCCCGGCACCUCGUAGAGCAAGCUAAGAGGCACCAGGAUCAAGGAACCACCGCCAGCAAUCAGCCCUCCCUAGUUGCGCCUUCUCGACUCUUCUCGGACACUGCACCAACUCUUCAGUUCCCUUGCGACUCUUUCGCACAGCGUCUGUUUAACGGAGCCCAGCCGACCACCAUGGACAGCACUCCUGCACCACCAUCCACCGCUCCCGUUCCUGUUCCCACUCCUUCCCAGCAGAUGCUUUGGCAUUCUUGCGGUGGAAGAAAGCGACCAAGGGCAAUGAUUGAGGCUCCGCAUUUACCAUGGAGGACUGCCCCCUCCCAGCUGUUAGGCAGCCAAGAGGUUCCUCAAGUCAGACUAGCCAUCCCUCUUAGCCAUCCCAGCUCACCAGUCAUCAACGCCUCUCCAUCUGAGACCUUUAGGCUUCCCUCUCGGAGCGCAAGCCCCACACCAGCCCAGUCACAACAAACGGAAGAGGUCAACUGUGGGAGGGAGGAACGAGGGCCCUGUGAAAGGGUAUGCCUCCCCCGACCUGCGCUCGCCACCCCUGCCCAACCGGUACUACUGCCCGGCUCCAAGCUCCUGAGCCCCCCAGUCCUGUGCGAUUUGUGCGGCCAGCGGCGACCGAUUGGGCUCAUGGGUGCGCACCUCAAGCUGGAGUGCCCAUUCACACCGGCACAGUGCCCUCAUAAGGGUUGUUCGUGGCAGGGGCCGCGGCAACUCCUCAAGUUACACGUGGACGAGAUCUGCAAGUGGGUGUUAGUCCCGUGCCCCUUCACGGCCCCCGGGUGGCCCCCAACGAUCCCCCGCGGACUGGUCCGCAACUGGCAAUUCCAGCCUGCAGGCGGCCGUGUGCAAACGGCAGCCGGAAAAUGCCCCGCUGGCAUUGCAAGCCCUUGUCCAGUGAUUCCCGAGAAGGGACGACGACACGUGUCGAUCAACGAGAGCUCCGAGCUGGACGAAGAGGAUUCCGAGCUACAGAGCGAUGCUGACUCAGCAUGGUCACGGACGAGAGCCCCCGCGCGCCCUCUUCUUGCGGGAGUGCCGAGAAUGUUUUGAGAGUGGCCGUGUUUGGACAGCAACGUAGUUCGAGUCUUAGGACGGGGACAUGUCUAGGACAGGCGCCGAUACAUAUCUUUCUAGGGAGCGAGUACGGAUUGACACUACCGCUGAUUGGAUUGCUGUACCGCAAUUUGUGCACUCUUUGAAGAACUAGAGAGGUUACGCGAUCGCGGAGGGCGCUCCGAGGUUGACAAUAAGGUCGACAAAGCAGAAAACAUAUACGACAAGUGUAAAGAGGUGGGGACGGGUCGACUGCUGGGAUUGAGUUCGUUACGUGAGGCCAUGUACAAAGAGGUACUAAGAGGUUGUUUACUGCGUCCAUUUUGGUGUCGCCACAUGUGUUCAGAGAUUCAGUUGAUAAUAGGCAAUACAAUACCUCAAGUGCGUUAUGCAACAAUAACGGUUUCGAUAACUGCAACCGAUCAAACUUGGAAGUAGGAACUGGUUAGGGACGUUUGAAGAGGGAAUCUGAUAGAUAGAGUAUAGUAGUGCUUAGCGAUUGUAGGAACGUCAGCAAAUCAGUCGGGACGGUGGCGCUGACGACAUGAUUGUUCUCGUUCAGUUACUGCUGUGCCUCUCUCAUGUCGUCCUUCAUUCAGAAUCAACACUGUCAGGACUGAGCUGCAACCUGCAUUACGUUGCAUCUAGUUAGGGCAAUCGCCGGCCACUUUUGCUUCUUGUAUAAGGG